CGUGAAUAUUUUUCACUCCGGCUAAAAUAAAUUAUAAACCUGUUCACAGAAACAACAAAAAUUUGAAUAAAACAGAAUUUUUUUUAUAAAAAUUAGUAUUCGUGUAUCGACAUCCGUUUUUUUCGUAAUCGGUUCCUGUGUGUGAAGCGCAUCCUUUUGAAAGAAAUAUUUGAAUACAAAGAAAAAAACCGAAAGAAGGAACAAAAGCGCAACAAGUUUUUUUUUCUUAUAAAAAUAAAAUUUAAUGAGCGAGAAUUUAAUGUUAUAAAAAAAGUGUAAAAAAAAAGAACAAGAAAUGUGCGAAGCAUUAAAGUGAAUCCAACAAGAAAUGAUCAAAUUGCAAUAAUUACUCAAAUAAAAUAAAAUAAAUAAUAAAAGAGAAUAAUACUAGUUCAAGAACUUGCGAGCAAGCGGCAACAGUCCGGAAAACUAAUUUAUCUAGUGUUAGACGUGAAUACCUUUUACCUAACCGCUGAUUUGUUCAACAACAAUAAUAAUAACACGUAAAGUGCAUAUUUUUUAUAAAUAUACAGAAAAAAAAAUAAAAUAAUAAAUGAAAUAUUGAUACAAGUGCAUACGAACAAUAAAAAAUAAUAGAAAAAAAAAUAAUUAUUUUUCCAAACCAUUGAUUCCGUUACAUAAUAUUGUUCGUUGUUUUAUUUUAAAAAAAUAUAUAUCUGUGCCUUUGGUCAGCGAUGAUCGGAAUUUUACAUAAAAAAUAAUAAAACACGAUAUUUGUUUAUAAAAAAAUAAUAAAAAAAACAGUUUAUUUUUUUAAAACUUGAAUUUCCUUCGUCGGCGCAUCAUGCAUAUAAAAUGAAUACAAAAAAGGCAUUAUUUUAAGUGUUUCAUUCAGGGUUUUGGAAUUAAUAAAAAAAUUUUAAUUCAUGAAAACUAACGAAAUAAAUAUUAAUAAUAACAAUACCGCAACGGGAGUUAAUGAAAUGGAAUCGGAAGAGGAAUUAGCGGCAUUAAAACCACCUGGAAAUACGUCAUCCACUACCGACAAUGCAACGGACUGCGAUGAAGUGGAUUAUGUUCCGGUUGCAAAAACUGACGAUGCCAAAUCUUGUGUCGUUUGCAAACAAGAAGAAGACUCAAAAUCACACAAAAAACAAAUUUCCAACAUUUUCAAGCUCAAACCCGGCAAACUACCUGGCGAAUGUGAGGUUAAAGUUUGUGUCAAAAAUAACUUGCAUACCCUCGAUAAGUUGCAACUCUUCAAAUUUCGCAAACGAAGUGAUCCGUCCUUCGAUCGGGCAGCUCCCGCUACUCAAAAGAAACCAAAGUUCGUUAAAAGUAUGACAAUUGCCAAGUUAUUCGGAAACAAUUACAAUCCCAAAAAUUCCCUGAUCGAUGCGAAAAAUAAGGGAAUUUUAGCGACAAAGCCGCCGAAGAAGAGCGAGAAAUUUCAUCACAAUAAAAUGUCGCAAGACACCGAAGAAAACCAGCCGGAAAAUAACGAGGAUACGUUGUCGGUUAGUGGCAGCAGUGUUCUUAGUAGCGAAGUGAACCAGAGACCACAUCAUCAUGCGAAACCCUUCAAAACCCUAUCGCGUAGUUUUGGGAAACUACUGAGACGGAAUUACAGCAGUGUGGAUAUCAGUAUACCGGAUCCGGAGUAUAAGGUGUCCUAUUUGGGCAAUGUACUCACUGGAUGGGCAAGAGGUGAUAAUUGUAUGGAGAAACCUUUAUCGACGCUAUGGCGAAAUUACACACAAAAUAACAAACCUGAUGUGCUAAUGAGGUUGUUGGUAUCUCCGAGUGGCUUGAAGGCAUCAACCCGCCAACAUGGUUUGACGGAAUACUGGGCUCAUCGAAUCACCUUUUGCUCUGCACCAAAGAACUAUCCACGUGUUUUCUGCUGGAUCUACAGACACGAAGGCAGGAAGCUGAAACACGAGUUGCGAUGUCAUGCGGUAAUUUGUUCCAAAGAAAGUAUUGCGACUGAUAUUUGUAAUAUACUGAAGGAAAACCUGGCAGUCGCCUUGAAAGAGUUCAAACGUGAGAAAGUAAAUCGUCAAAAUGCACGCUUGAGUCUCGCCAAUAGUGUUUAUGACAAUCCAUCAAUGCCACGUCGCAAGAUAAUGUUGAGUGUGGGAGGUACGAAUUAUCGUCCUCCGCUCGAACGAUCGAAAUCUGCGCCAAAGUUGAUGGCAAUCGAGGAAGCGAUUGCCGAGGAGGAAGAAGACGAGACUGAAGCGGAAGCCGUUAAGCGACACGAGUUGGAGCAAAUGAAGACGUGCUGCAAAGAAGAUUCCUUAUUUCCCGUAACGACACUCGGUAGACGACGAUGUCGUCGUGGGCACUCCAUUCGACGUAGUCGUCUGCGAAACUCGAUGACGCGACGUCACAAGUCACACGAUGUCCUUGAUACGCCGCAAAAGGUGAUCGCCGAAGAGAAUGAAAACAGUCUGAAGCCGGGCAAAUCGCUCGAAACGCAAAUCGAUCAACUCGAUGAAAGUCGGAGCUCCGAAGAGGACUUUGACAAGUUCCUAGCUAAGCAGAAUUACGAAUCCAGUGAAAUAUUGUCGGGGCAAUUCCUAGCCUACUUGAAUCAUAAACUAAACCAAAGCACAAAUAGUCUGCAUAAUUUAGGUGAAACAGAGUCGUCGAACGCCAGCACACUUAAGAACACCCUGAGUCUCGAUAAUCUGGAUGAUUACUCCGAUGACUCGGGUCAUCCGCAUGCCACACAAUACUUUGACCAGCAAGACAUCAUGGAGAUCCUCUCGAACAACAAUAGCUACCCGAGUAGUGUUUAUGACGACUUCCAUACGGACAACGAUACGCAACAGCUGUCGAGUCUCUUGUUGAACACGCACAUCAACUCGGAGGACUCGGAGCCCCCAUCGAUUGUGUGUCUCGCGAAAAAUAUCGCCAACAUCGACAGCGAUGAAGGAUCCAUUUCCAGCGGAUGCGAAACCUCGAGCACAAUGACAACAGCAACCAAUGAUGAGAAAUCAUGCUCCGUGCUUGAUCGCGUUCGCAACUUUGAACAGAUGGCGGGCAAGGGAACUCUUGAACGGAGACGUCACGAUAGCGCCAGUUGCCCCACAUCCACUGAUAACAUGCCAAAGGUCUUUGUACGUAGCGUGACAAUUCCCGCGCCCGGCGUCAAGCCAAAUUAUGCACUUCCAGCAACGCAUCAUCAUCAACCCCACCAUCACAAACUUCACCUCCAAUCAUCACCAUCAGCUACCAUUAGUAAUAAUAAUCUAGUUUGUAACUUAGAGAGUAUCGAUUCCGAUUCGGAGCUCAGUGACGAGUCGGGUUACGUUGAAUUUCAGGAGAAUAAUUUAAAUAAGAAGAAAACACUUGUAAUUGUAUAGAAAACAUAAAAAUACUAAAAAAGAUGACAGCUUUAAACAUUUUUACACACGAGAACCACAGGUGACAGACAAAAAUCUAUAGAAACCUUUAAAAAAAAGUAAACUUAGGAACGAAUCACCAAAUAUAAUUUCAUAUUUUUUUUUAUUUAAAUAUUUCAUUAAAAACUAAUAUUAAAAAGUUAAACAAGUAAAGUUAUUAACCCAAAAAUAUAAAUUUAUUCAUCCACUUACAACAAAAUAUAAAUCAAUAUUUACGAAAGUCAGUUUUUUCUGGUGUUUCACCUUCAUUUCAUGAAAUAAAAUAUAAAAAUAGGUGUGAAGUUAAUCAACAAUCUCUCACAUAAUUUUAUGCAAAAAUGGUUCCAAAUAUCGAGUAAAUGUUAACUUAUUAAGUAAAUAAAGUGUUAAAAUAAAUCAAUGGAGAAAAUAUGAUUUUAUGGCAAAAGCACUUAUUUCUUAUAUAAAAAUCAUCAAAAGUAACAGAUCGAGUAAAAAUGUGAAAAAAAUAA